AUGAAUACUCUUAUGCCAUCAAACUUUAAUGACAUUGGCGUCCAUCUCUCUGGGAUAGCUAUUCAUGUAAUUGAAUAAAUAAAAAAUCAAAAUGAGUAGAUUCAAGGAAUGUACUAGGAAAGGUAAAAAACUAUGGAAAAAUUACAAAAACAACUUGAGAAGAUGAAUCAUGUAAUUUCUAGGAUGUGUGAUAAAUAACCUCAACAAACAUCUGACUAGAUUCAAAUUCUUAAGAAUCAGUAAUAUAAAUAUGAACUGUAAAUGGAAGAAGAAUUAGAGCUUCCAUGCUACAGAAACAGAAUUUUUCAAAUCAAACUAAAGCUAGUUUAGAAUGAAACAACAAUAAUCAAUGUAAAUAAUCUCCUUGUUGAACUGCAAAUGUAUGAAUAUCAGGUUAUUUUAGUUGGACUUACGACAAGAUUCCUAAAAAACUUACCCAUAACAAUAAAAAUCAAUCAAUCUUCAAAGGCUGCUAAUAAACUGUAAUAAAAAAAGGCUAUGGCAGACUUAGCAGGAUUCAGAUUAAGGAAGUUUCCUCCCAUUUUCCAAAAGGUACAUUUAUGAUGAUUAUUUUGCCAAUUGAUGACGGUGCCGUUAUUGGAGAAGAAAGGUAAUGAAAUACAAUUAUUUUAGUAAAUUUAUCAUAAAAAAAGAGUGGAUAAAGCCUCUCGUUAUCAAUGAUGUUUCAAUAAAGGCAAAAAAGUUUUCAGAUAGACAUAAUCCCUAUUAUGCCAAGUCUGAUGGAACAAUUAAUAUUUUGGAAUAGGAAUGA